AUGGAUGAUUCAUAUAAAAUCAUUCUUAUUGGUGAUUCUGGUGUUGGAAAGACAUCCAUGACAUUAAGAUUUAUAAAAUCUCCAAUAUCGAACGUUGACCCAACAAUUGGCGCAGGGACAUAUCCUUGUAAAAUCAAAAUCGAUGAUACAAUACGAAAUAUUAAAAUUUGGGAUACUGCAGGCCAGGAAACAUACAUGGGCUUAAUACCACAGUAUUGCAGAGGAGCUCAUUGUGGAAUUCUAGUUUUUGACGUGACCUCGAAAGAAUCAUUCGCAUCUUUAAGUACAUGGAUUCAAUUCUUGGAGUCUCACUCCGAGACAUUUCCAAUAAUAAUUUUUGGCAAUAAAACGGAUUUAGAACAAUCUCGAGUUAUAACAAAUGAAGAUGCAAUUCUAUACUCAGAACCAAAGGGAUAUGUUUAUUGCGAAGGUAGCGCCGAAACUGGAACAGGAAUUGAUAGUAGUAGUAUAGGAUGGGUUUUGUGA